UGUCAACGCGGAAGUCGCUGUGAAUUGCUACAGCGCUGACUGGUAUUAGUGUUUUUAAUUCCAAACUACGGCUAUAAAUAUAAAGCAUAGGGGCAUUUUUUUAAAAAAAAAUAAGCACAAGGUUAUCUUUGUAAAAUGUUUUUUGAUAGUGUGUCGGUGUGAAAUGGGAUGUCACGGCUGCAGAAAGCGUCAUUGUCGGUUGUUUGUUAGCGACUUAUCUCUCUAGCUGAACUUACUCCUUCCUUGAACCAACCAAGCAGCACCAUGAAAGUCCGCUCGUCUGUGUUUGCCUCGUUAAUUUUAAUAUUCGAAGUGAUCGGCGUGGCCCUGUUCCUGCGGGGUUUUUUCCCUGUACCUGUCAAGUCUUCCUUCUCAUCCAAGAGCAGCCUGUCAGAUCUGCCCGCCGAGCCGCUGACAGGCAGCUCCCCCAACUCCUCUCGCCUCCCCCAGCCCCUGUUUAAGCGGGUGGUUGUUAUGUUGGUGGAUGCCCUCAGAGAGGACUUUGUGUUUGGACCCAGUGGGCGCAUGUUCAUGCCCUACACCAGACAUGUGGUGGAAAGAGGCUCAUCUCACAGCUUUGUGGCCAAGGCCAGACCUCCUACAGUCACCAUGCCAAGGAUCAAGGCUCUUACCACUGGCAGUAUCCCAGGCUUCAUUGAUGUGGUAAUGAACCUAAAUUCUCCUGCACUGUUGGAAGACAACCUCAUUUGGCAGGCCAAAACAGCAGGGAAGAGGAUCGUCUUCUAUGGAGAUGACACCUGGGUGCGCCUCUUCCCGAAACACUUCAUGGAGUACGAUGGCACGACCUCCUUUUUUGUGUCCGACUACACUGAGGUUGACAACAAUGUAACUCGUCACUUGGACAGCACCUUGAAGAGAGAUGACUGGGACAUUAUGAUCCUCCACUACUUGGGCCUGGACCACAUCGGUCACAUCAGUGGGCCGCACAGUUCACUCAUCCAACCUAAACUCCUGGAGAUGGACGACAUUCUGAAGAAGAUCCACAGUGCUCUCAUUUCAAAGGAGGCAGAGGGAUCCUUGCCCUACCUGCUGGUGCUGUGCGGAGACCACGGCAUGUCGGAGACCGGCAGCCACGGCGGCUCCUCGGAGCCAGAAGUCAAUACGCCUCUGGUGCUCAUAAGUCCGGCCUUCAAACGAAAAGUGGGAAUGGAGAAGCCUGGAGUGGUGGAGCAGGUUGACCUGACUCCAACCCUGGCCCUGGGACUCGGCCUGCCCAUAUCUCAGAACAGCGUGGGCCGCCUCAUCCCGGGUGUCUUGGAGGAAACCUCACUCAGAGACCAGCUGCGCUUUCUGCAUCUCAAUGGCCACCAGCUCAGCUGCCUGCUCAAAGACAGCGUGCUUGAGUAUGAGAAAGAGGCAGGUUUUGAGCAGUUUCGAGUGGCAGAAAAGGCUCAUGGGAACUGGAUGAAGCUCUACCUGGAAGGAAACACCUCUGAGGUGCUGACCAACAUGGGCAAAAAGGUCCUGAAGCAAUAUCUGGAGGCCUUAGCUGCCAUGAGCUCUGCUCUCAGCAAACAACUGGGCAAAUAUGACAUGUACUCUAUGAUCGCUGGCAUGGUGUUUGUGUUUCAGCUCCUGUUGGUCUUACUGCUGGCGAUGCCUGAAGCCCUCAGCGGUGGAGCAGCGGUGGACCUCCCAGUCCUCUCGUCCCUGCUCUCCCUGCCUUUCUACCUCUUGUGCCUGCUUCUUGCCUCAGUGCACGUCUUGGUGUGCACAUCUGCUGAGAGCUCCUGUUACUUCUGUAGUCUCUCCUGGGGUCUCGUGUUUGCUGCUGUUGCCUUCUCCUCAGCAAUGUUUUGUAUUCUGGUCUCUAUAGCAACACGGAGACUCCCCCUGGGGCCAAAGAUUCGUGGGAAGUCUCCGCUGAGGAGCAGUGGCGAUGAGUGGUCGCUGUCGGAGCUGGAUGUUUUGCUGCUUGCUGGCACUAUCGGCCACACUCUCAGCUUGGCGGCCAGCAGUUUUGUGGAGGAAGAGCACCAAACCUGGUACUUUCUGCUCAACACGCUCUGCCUCGGCGUCUUCCAGGAUGUCUGUCGCAAGUACUUCAGAGAGCAAAGAGGCUCUGGAGAAGAAGAAGAGCAUCUUCUCCCGUCCAAAGACUGCCAUGCCUCUGAUCACCCCAAAGCAGAGAUUUACUCAGAGAAGUGGCUAGCGUUAGCCACGCCACCCUUCACUCUGGUCUGCUGCAGGCUGCUGCGAUCCCUCAACCAGACAGGGGUGCAGUGGGCUCAUCUUCCUGACGUCGGACAUUGGCUUAACAGCUCUGAACACAAGAUGGUCCUCUCCCUGCUGUCAGCUUUCUGUUUGGUUCUUAUCUACCUCCUGGUUCAAAGACGUUGCUCAUGGGUCUCCAAGGUUGCCCUCGCCCUCGGACUUUUGGGUGUCUACAGCUAUCGGGCAGCUGUCGGCAGUGUCUUGUUUCCCUGGCAACACUCCAGCCGAACUACGUCCAAGGGAACAGUGGAGGCACGCUUUGUUUAUGUCUUUGUCUUGGGCAUCCUCUUCACUGGCACCAAGGACCUGUUGCGAUCCCAGAUCAUCACAGCAGAUGCCAAACUGAAGAGCAGGGGAUUAUGGGAGAUUUACAGCGGCUUGGUUUUGUUGGUUUCGCUGCUGUUUCGUGCUCACAACCUGCCAGUCCUCUGCUGCUGCCUGUUGAUCCAGACACUCAUGGCUCAGUUCAUCUGGAAGAAACUCCACUAUGAUGCAGCCCAGACCACCAUCAUGCACUACUGGUUUGGGCAGGCCUUCUUUUACUUCCAGGGCAAUUCCAACAACAUAGCCACCGUCGACAUUUCCGUCGGCUUUGUUGGGCUGGAAAGCUACGUAGAAGCACCUGCCAUCUUCUUAACAGCCCUCAGCACUUACGCAGGACCACUGCUUUGGGUGUGUCACCUCGUCUGCUACCUUAGCUCAGAAAGAGACAGGAGCCCCGUUGCAGUUGGACAUGGUUGCUACUGUUUGGCCCUGAUGAGGUCUGUUCCAGCUGCAGCCUACAUUGUGCUGGUGACCGUCCUGCGCUAUCAUCUCUUUAUAUGGAGCGUCUUCUCGCCCAAAUUACUGUACGAAUCCAUGCACCUCCUGCUGACUGCAGGGGUCUGUCUCAUCUUCAACACCAUGGAGCAGAGCCACAGCUCAAGUAAGUCUUAGGGAGAGACUAAGACUGAAAAUCUCCCCUUAAGGGCCUUUUCGACUGUGCAGAAGACACUGAGACUGCAACACACUACAGUAAACUCACCCUCAUUUACUUCAUCUGUUCACAAUAUGUGAGUAGAUGUUUCAGAAACAAAAGUCCAUCUGAGCUCUGCUUUAGGAAUGCACUUGUAAUGUAUUUUUUGAGCAGCCUAUUUAAAUAUUUCAUUCUUUCCCGGAGGAGAAUCAUUGGAGACUGAAUAAAAGUGAGUUGUUGUAAAGGUUUGUGAAGAAGAAUAACUUUUUUAAACUGUAAAUUACCUCAGGGAUGAGUGUACACUGAGCUGCGGUGCUUCACGAGUGACUUUUAUAGAUAUGAAGUGCAUGUGUUGAAGCUUUGCACUCUUGUUUUGCUUCACAGUUGUUUUCACUAAUUCUUGACUGAACUUUAUUAGAUUAAAGUUGGGUCCCGAGAUGCAGGAAACUAUGCGAGGUCACCGAAUUCUCAAUUGGCUUCUUGUCAAAGCAGAAAGACCACGGGUGUAGAGAUAAUAAAAGCAAUUAUGACUGGAUUCCAUUUAGCUGCUUCAGUUUCAGGGUCCUGGUUUUGUCCCUUUUGUUACAGCGACACUUGAAUAGAAUAGAGCUGUUGUUAUUGUUAUUAUGUGCUUUUCCCAUCAUGACAGGUCUAAAGGUCUGCAACGAAAAAGGUGCAUCGACUAAUUACAAGUUUGUGCUGUCUUGACCUAUAAGGUACAGCAAAGCUAACAGGAUGUCAGUCAGAGUGUGUGAGGAGGAGUUUAACCAGCUUAAGGAAACACACUGCAGUCAGUUCUCUGAGGAACAUUCCCUUUACAGAUGGGUCUCACUUAGGUUGGAAUUCCGUUCCUAUAGCACGACGUAAUGUUAUUUUUGCCCUACGUUGGAACUGACAUAUGUACAUAAGUACGUAUGUUAGUGUGCGACUGAAGGUUCGUGUCCAAUAGAUCCGUCAAUUUCCCACAUCCCAUUCAUUGUCUGUGUGAAACGCACCGUGUUGCAUGCUGAUCUGGUGCGUUUCGAGCUGCGAUCUGGAGCGUCUCCCUGGAGCGGGUUGCAGCUCAUUUGCAUAAAGUAGACUCAUCUUCUACUUUCUGCAAAUUCGAUGCAGCAUGCAGAGAUCUGACGCAUUGCAAAACUUUAGUCAAAUGUCUAAACUAGACAUCGGUGACCUACAACCACGAUAGAUUCAGCAACUGCACAGGUCAUUUCUCGCCUCAAUUGCUUUCAGAAAUACUUUUCGCUGAACUGUUUUUGUAAUAAAAGAGUAAGUUUGCAACCGAGCCGCCAUGUUUAGUCCGGCUUGAAAUCCAGGAGGAGACAGUUCCCAAGUCAAUGUUUUUGUCCAGUCAGGGGCAGACAGGAUAGUUGGAGAAGAAGGUCGGCAGGAGUUGAACACCGGCUACUGGCCUCAAGUACACGAACACCAAGCAGGCGAUAUUCAGAUGUGGUGUAUUUUUAUGCAAGAAAAACGCAUCUAGUGAAGAUGUAGCAUUAGGCCAAGCAACCGGUCGAUGUUCGUCGGUGUUUCGCCCUUUUUCGGAACAUUUUAUUAUAUCUAAUUUCACUUUCACUGACAUGGCUUUCCUUUCCUUUGAAGCACUGCCACUAUAAAUUUCUGACUUGCGCUUGGGAGCUAUAAUGAAGGGCAAAAAGUUUCCAAAAAAAAAAAAAAACAACACAAACAAAAGGAACCGAAUGUAGCACAAUCCAAUGUGGUGUUCAACCGGCGAAUGUAAACAAAGCCGUCUUCCUCCUAUAGCGUCAUGUGACGACGUAUUCAUCCACUCUGCUUGCCAACUAGUUCCAACUUGAAAUUUGUUUUAAUGUCGUAAACGCCACACGUCGGAAUGAUGGAACAAGACUUUCUUAAUUUAUGGGAGGUGGCGACGUAACCAUGAAACCCUGAAGGUCGAGGAUGUCGUAAACCGAGGACCUGCUGGUCUGGUAAAAUCUGAGGUGAUUUUAGUUCUGCUUUUCCUGUUCCUCCUUCACCCUCUCGUUGCGUUUGACAUUUUGAAAAUGGUGGCCCAAAGUUGCGUUUGAUAACUUCUGUUAGUGUUUAUGAGCAGUGAAACUUCCCCAGUUCCUUCAUAGGUUCAGGAUUGUGUUUUCAGAUGGGAUCAGCCGAUAAAGUUAUUUCAGGGUGUCUGUUUGCUGCAUUUAUGUGAGACAGUAAACUAAUUUUAUCAAAUAACAGCACAGACCUUCUCACAGAUGGAUGUUUGGAGAAAACUGUGAAUGAUUCAAGAAUGUGAUAAGUUAUUUAUUACAAUACAUUUAUGCUUUAAUAGGUUAAUAAUAAAGCUUUUUCACAGCUUCUAUUCUGACAUGAAAUAGAAGGUAAACACAGGUGUUACUGAUCACAUUAAUGAAGUCAGCAUUCCUAAAUAGAGCAGAACUUCCAUUAAAGUGAAAAUAGACUUGUUUUGCACUUUAACUUAUCAUUAUGAAGUGCUAUAAAUGUUGAUUACACAAUGUAAUGGCUAUAGAAUAAUGACACCAUCAGAGUUUGGAUCGGUUCCCAGUUCUGUCUGCCGCCGGGAAGGAAAACUCCAGAGAAAGUGAAGGCUUGAUUUAUGGUUAAAGGAACAACCGGAGCGUCUGGAAACUGAACCUGAAAGGAAACGAGCUUCUCUGUCGGAGGAGGUAAAGAAGAGAGUGAUAGAAACGUCAGGCAGUCGCUCCAUUAUCAGACCUCUGGAACUUCAGAGAUUUCAAAACCGACAUUAUUUCUGCCAGGUCAGUAAUGAGGCUGAACUAUUAAUCUCAAACUGCUAUUAGAAACAAUGCAAUUAGCAGAUCCAAAGGCUAGAGUUUAGGAUAUACAUUAUGCAGGGUUUAUUUAUUAAUUAUUAUUAAUACUUUGUGUAAGUUGAUUGCGGAAUGAACCAGAAUUAAAUGCUGCUCCUGAGCCAUAAAUGGCCAGCCUGUUUCAAUGUUGGAGGUUGUUUACAGAAAAGUCCCAUUGUUUUCUUAUUGGAAUUAUGUUAUUUUUCAUUUUUAUUACUUUUUUUAUUUAGCUUAAUACAGUCACAGUGUUUGUGCUCAUUGUUUUAUCUCUUAUACCAUUUAAAUUAAGUAAUAAAUACGUGUUGGAAGCAGUUUAUAUCUUUGAGUUUUCAUCUUUGCACUAUAACAUAGAUUUUAUUUUAAUGGCGUCUCGAAAAAAUCGUCCAUCACACGUUUUAAGUCUGUGACACAGUGAAUAUUAAUGUAAAAAUAAACAAAAUCUGUUGGAUAUUAUAGUUUAGUCCAAGCCUCUAAGUAACAAAACCUGCAUACUUUGUGAUACAAGCGGCUUCUUACUGCCUUUAUCAAAGCAGAUCAGAUCAGAGUUUCUAUUUCAAACUGGACUCUUUUGGUUUCUUCUUUUGAGCAGUUGCUACAAAGUCAUUAAUGUCGCUGCUGUUUUCUGUUUGCAGCCAAAUAGACACCAGGAAAUUCUCUUCUCCUUAUUUGUCCACCGUUUUAUGACCUGUUUUGUUGGUAGUUGUGCAGAAACAAGACAAAAACUUGUCUGUGGCCACUUUAGUGAAACUUUUGUUCUGUGACUAGUGACACCUGAGUUUAUCUGCCGUCUAAUGUGUAAAAGUCUGCUGUGAAAAAGGCUUUACUGUAAAAACCUCACACAUCCUAAAUGUAUUUUUGUUCUUUCUAAAUAAUCAGAUUCGUCCAGAGUUUCCUCCAGACAUCCAUUAUCUUUAACUGGUCCCACUGAAGUCACUGUAGACAACAGAAAACAGAAAUAUGAUGUAUAAAAAGUUGCAUUAUGGUUUUUAGCUCAAAUUCUUCCACUUCUAAUUGAGCUUUAAUCACUUCAGCAGCAGUUUUAGUGUGUCGGCAAACAUUUUUGGUGGAUAAAAUAACAACUAAGUGUCUGCUGAUCGUUAGGAACACCAGACAUUUCACACAUUCAGCCUUUUUGUAUUUCAGUAUGUCUCAGAGCGGAUUCAGCUGUAGUUAUUUACACAGAGGUAUCAUGUGUAACACAAUCACAAACUGGUCACAAAGAUUUAAAAACAACACAAUUUUGAAAAAAUACACAUUCCUAUUUGGUGAUUUUUAGUUCACAUGUUCAGCUCAAGAUAAAAAUUAGGGAAAAAAAACCCCAAAUCAUUCUUGUGCAGAUUUGGAUGCUUAAGUCAUAAAAUUUCCUGCAUCUGGCAGCAAACUGCAGACUCAUAAACAUCCUUAACGUCCCUCAAUAUCAGAAAAUACCACCAAAGUAAAGCUGGUGAAUGUGCUGGCUCUGAUCCAAAGCAAUAAGAGUGUUGAGCCAAAAAAGCAAACAAAGUGUCGCUGUCCAAGUAUGUAUGGAGCCAUUGUGUUUUUACCGAAUCUCAGACGCCGCUCAGACCGAGAGUAAAAUCUGACAAUGGGAGUAGAGUGAAGACUGGUGUCCAAGUUUCAUCAAACCUCCUGAACUAUCUGCUUCUGUUACAUCACUCAUAAAAGUGUGCAAAACGUGACGUAAAGCAGAAAACAGGAGCAAAUUCCUCCUUUUCCAGCUUGUAUUCUGUUGACUCAUGAGCAUCUGUGAUGUCAGUGAACAGCUGUGACUUACUUCAAAGCUCCUUUUUGAUUAUAAACCUGGCAAAUUCUAACAUCAUUGCCCUUUGAGAUGCGACUUGGGGAAAAAAGAAGCGAGCUGAAAGAUUGAGUGUUAAAGCUACAGUGCGCAACUUUUCUCCUCCCGGUGAAAAAAGUGAAUCGUAAGUUCCCGCCCCAACACUUGUCACUCACCUUGAUGAGCUGUCUGCCUUGAACCAGCAUCUCGCCAGAGGCUAAGAUCACUGACAUCCCCCGAGCUGCCACAGGCGUCGGAGAAGCAGAUGCCAAACCAGAAAAAAAGGGUGAAAAUAAAAUAAAUAAAAAAGCUGCGCUGCUGUUCGGUGCGUUUCUGAAUAGAUUCCGUGUGAUGCAAGACGAGCUUUGUUUCAUAGUUGUCGCCGUGGCUCACCUUGACAGAGACCUCACUGUCGACUGCGCUGACAGAAAAUGGAAUUUAAAUGUCCCGAACAUCACUGGAAAGUCAUACAAACAAGGGGAUUUGCAUUUGAAUGCACAGAGUCGGAGGCAGACACAUGCUGCAUAUGGAUCACUGCAGGUCGGCCGGUUUGCAUUAGAAACAGGAACACAUUUGGCUUUUAGGUAAAAAAGGUUCAAAGAUAAAUCGACCCUCCUCUAAACUGGCAGCACGACUGCUGUCAAGUGCCUUUUCCUGUCUUUAGCUCAAGAAGGAAUAUCACACACAGACUUCAAACAAGGUCUGACGUACAUAGUUGAUGAAGCAGAUAAUUAUCUACAUCACUCGUGAGGAUUCCUCUGUCACGUUUCGGCCAUCUUUACAAACUGAGCUGUUAAACCCACCAGACGCUACGUUUCUUCUUUCUUUGUGUGUCUAAGUUACUCCUGUGAUUGUUAUUCUUGGAGGUGAUUUAGAAUAAUUUCCAACGAGCAGCAAUACGCAUCCUCAGAUGGGGAUUGAUUUUCUGUUGCAACAGAUAAAAAUAAUUGUCGUUAUGGACUACUCACUCAGCGUGUUUUCUACGGUGCAGAAGAUGAAUUAUGUUUGUAACAUCCAUCUGCAUCUCAUCAGCCUCUGAGAUGAACAAUCUUUGACUCUGCUUCAUAAUACUGACCAGUUCUGUGGAGUUUCGGAAACUCCUGGAGCCAUUUUAGGAUAUUAAGUUGGACUUUAUUGUUAUUGUGGUGAUUUAAAUGCUUUUCGGGAGUCUAAUCAUAAUUUCUGUUCAUUUUGAACAAAUCAGAAGUCAAAAAAUGUCAUUUCUUAAAGAGCCCAUAUGAUGCUUUUUGGGUUUUUCCACUUUCCUUCCAUGUGUUUUAGUGUUUUCUAUGCAUGUACAGGAUUUGAAAACUUGCAAAGUCAUCACCAAAAUUGAGUGAUUCUCUCCCAUUAAUUAAUUAAUUUUGCUCCCUGAAACACCUCGUUUGGAGUCCAGCCUUUUCUUCUGUUACAGAUCUACAUCACUAUACCUACGUAUCUGCACCUUUCCCCAUACUCAGAGAUCUGGGAUUAUAAUAUUAGAAACAAUCAGAAUGUUUCAUUUGUACAACACCUUUCUUGCAACACCGUACUAAAUAAAAACUAAGCAAAAUGAAUGAAAUACAAUAUCAAAAGAAUCACAGACUUUGUUGAUCCCUGAGGGAAAGUUACGUACGUCCCAUUCAAGUCCCAGAAAGUUAAGCAGUAGAAAAAAAUAAGAUAAACAUAAGUAGAAAGAUAUGUCCUAAAGUAAAAACAUAGGUGGAAAAGUGUAAAAAUGUGCACUGUACUAAAUAAAUACAUUACCGUUCAAAAGUUUGGGGUCACCCAGACAAUUUCAUGUUUUCCAUGAAAACUCCCACUUUUAUCCAUGUGCUAACAUAACUGCACAAAGGUUUUCUAAUCAUCAAUGAGCCUUUCAACACCAUUAGCUAACACAAUGUAGCAUUAGAACACAGGAGUGAUGGUUGCUGGAAAUGUUCCUCUGUACCCCUAUGGAGAUAUUCCAUUAAAAAUCAGACGUUUCCAGCUAGAACAGUCAUUUAGCACAUUAACAAUGUCUACACUGGAUUUCUGAUUAAUUUAAUGUUAUCUUCAUUGACAAAAAACUGCUUUUAUUUCAAAAAUAAGGGCAUUUCUAAGUGGCCCCAAACUUUUGAACGGUGAUGUAUAUAUAUUUGUAUACAGUGUAAUAAAUAGUGAUGGAGUUAUAAUUGUGUUAUUGUACACAGUAGAUAAUAUAUAAAGCAGUGUAAUAUAGAAAACAAAGCAGUAAUAUUAAAAGCAAGCAGGUAUAUAAAUAAAACUGACAUAUGUCCUUGUAGUUGGUACUAGAAGAAGGCUGGAGGUAAAAAGUUGUUUUUGCAGGUGCCAUUUUAUAGCCAUUUUAAAGUUUCACCUGAGUUUUCCUCUCUGACACCUUUUGCGUCCCACAGCUUGGAAGAAAACCUGAAAAACACAUUUGGGUGAGUUUCGGCAGCCAGAAAGCAGCAUCAAUAGAGGAUGUAAGAGCUUGUAAUGGGACAUAAGGCAGCAGGGAAUCUGUGAUACUGGCCAUUAAGAGCUUUUUAUACAAGUAAAAGGACGAUAUAUUUAAUUCUGUAAGUUACGGGGAGCCAGUGCCGAGUUGUAACAGCAGAAGUGUGGUUUUCAAUUCAAGUUCACAUUUCAGGAAGUCCAGUAAGAAGUGCAUUACGAUAGUCUCGUCUGUUUGGUUCGUAACCAGCAUUACUUUGCUUUGCCAGCUGACCAAUCAUAGUAGAAGGUUGACCGUAAAGAGACGGGAGCUGAAACGAGGAAUAACUGCAGUACAAAAUAGAAAAAUAAUGUGUGUUUUAACCUUAAGGCAUGGAAGCACAUUGUAGUAAACCUCCAACAGACGAUUGUGUGCAGAAUAUGGGCUCUUUAAGUGACCUAGAAGACUGUGAGCAAUAAGAUCAACAAACCCUGAGCUGCAGUCAGGUGUAGGAAAAGACACAACGGUCAUUGAUCAUCACUUCAAAACAUGAGGCUGAGAAUAUCUAAAAACAGAUCUGGCUCAAAGCUUGACUCACCGAGAAGAAAUAGAUCCUGAUAGUGGCGUUGUUAGAGUGUCUUGAGUCUUUUAUUUCCUGUCCAGAGCUUUCAGACGUUUAAACACGUGUCUGCAGCGGUGCAGGAAGAAGCCUCAGAGCCGCCUCUCACAAAUCUGAUGGGGCGACGCUCUGCGUGUUAAAAUCAUCCCUCUGUAUCCAAACACCCAGCAGCCCGUGAAAUGGAUCAGAAUAAUUGUUUUGUUGGCACGGUUGACAGCUUGUAAGCAUGUGUUGUACAUUGCAUCAAUACUGGACUGUGUUUUUUUCAUUUCCUAACUCCAUGUUUGAUGAAAUGACUCUUUUCUUUUCCUCUAUGUCUGCAUUAAUGUUAAAAUCAAUACUGUUUAUGUAAAAAACUCCUGUUAUUGAGUGAAAGUUUCUCCUGUUAACAUCCAACUUUGUUUCUUGUAGUUUAAGCUAACUAUGCAAUGUGUCCUGUUUAUGUUUUCAGGCAUUUUUACUGCACUGCCUAUCUUUGAUCUUUAUACCGAAUCAAUUGUUGCACUUGAUUGAAAUGAAAUCACCCUUCAUUUUAUCCUUUUUACCUGUUUUGUCAUCGGCAUUUUCUACCUGAGUUGAGAAUUUGGCUCAUUUGUUGCGAAGCUCUGCAGCAAAUGUGAAAAGAAAGCAAAGUGACGGAUUAACCAAAAUUUUUCAAACACAUUGUAUGUGUUCCUAAAAUCGAAAUAAAUGACUCGCUCUCAAGCAUAA